CCUGAAGAGGCGAAUUUGCAUUAGCAUGGCGGGAACUUCUGUUGUGUGUAAUUCCAACCUGAAGACAUCAAGCAAUGCCUCGGGUCCACAGGCUGCUUUUCUAAGCGAUAAUCCUUCUUUAAACGCAGAUGGAUUUGAAUCUGAGCCAUUCUUGUGUCAUCACCACGGAACUGUUUGUUCAGCGUGUUCUAGUUCUGCCACUGUUGCGGAGAAAUUAACCCGGUGCAAAACAGACGAUGAUAACUCGCCGAAUGGAGGACUUAUACGGGAACUGAAAGACUUCAAAGCGAGAAGCCUUGCUUUAAAAUCAGCGUUAGAGGACGAAGCCGCGGUAAAGGAUAUUCAAAAGGAGUUGUCUGGCUACGUGUGUAUUUGCAGUGACCCGAAGUAUGUGCACUUGGUCAGUGGCUACCAUGUGGAGUGCAUCGAGAAGGUUUGUUCCAAGAGGGAGGCCUUCACAAAAUACCACAAAAAUCGAUUUAAAACCUACUCUGAUUUCGGAUCUACCAAAGCUAGUAACCAUGUCACUAGUACAGUGGCGCCUGAGGAGUUUUACCGAUAUUUCUUUUAUGGUGUGAAGCAUUGGAAUUACUGCGCGAAAGAGGAAGACAUCGGCGCAAUAAUAAUUACUUUGAAACCCGAAGUAAGCAAACCACACUCUAAGGGAUCUUUCAGGGUUAUGGUUCGCUCUGCGUACUACCUUGUCAUUGGACUGCUGUCUCCCUCAAGUUACCAAGGCAGUCUUUCAAGCAGAGAUGAUGUGGUACACUUAAUAAGUAAACAAGCUGAUAUCAAAGCGCCUGUGAAGCUGAUUACAACCCCAUCAGUACCAGCAGAACUCCUUAAGAUGGACAGUGCAUUCAACAAGCAAGCUUACAAAUUUGGUAUAGUUUACAUGAAAGAAGGACAACAAACCGAAGAACAGCUGUUUGGUAAUGAAACUCACAGCCAAGGGUUUGAUGAUUUCCUGAAUCUGUUGGGUGAAAGAGUCAGACUGAAAGGUUUUGACAAGUACCGGGGUGGACUGGAUGGCAACAAUGAUCUUACUGGAAAAUAUUCUGUGUUUACCAAGUUUGGUAAUAGUGAGAUCAUGUUUCAUGUGUCAACUCUUCUACCAUUUGAAGAAUUUGACUCUCAGAAGCUUCAGAGAAAGAGACACAUUGGCAACGACAUAGUUUGCAUCAUUUUCAUGGAAGCCACAAGUACUAAGUUUGUACCUGACUGUAUUAAAUCAAACUUUCUGCAUAGUUUUAUCAUUGUACAAGUGGAUUUGGAGAGCAAACCAGACAGUUACGUAGUAUCAGUGGUGUCAAGGGACAGUGUGGUACCCUAUGGCCCACCUCUGUAUGACAAGUACAUAUUCUAUAAGGGAGACCAGUUUAGAGAAUGGAUCCUUAAAAAGUUGAUUCAAGGUGAACAAGCAUGUCAUAGGUCACCCAGCUUUGCUAAGUUGCAUGCCCGGACCAGGACACUCAUCAUGGGAGAAUUACUGAAGUCCGUCAGAAAUUCAGACUCUCAAACCUCAGCUGUACCCAGUGCAUCACAUGAUCAGUACAUGACUGUGACACAGGUGUCCAGGGAUUUCAGUUCAGUCUGCUCUGUUGCACGAGAUGGAGAGGACCUUGUGUUAUUCCUAGUGGAAGAGGCGGAAAAGAAAAGUUUUAUUGGUGUGAAGUCAGUUAUGUCAGCUAAAAGCAAAGUUUUUCAGAAGAUGUUUUCACAAGAUCUCGGCCAUGUUUAUGCUCAUUUGCCAGUCAGUAGGACCGGUUCGUCUGUGGCACCGCCAGCACUGAAGCGCACGACCUCCUGGACUCGUUCCAAUCCCCUGAUGCACGCAGGAUUGCGUAGCGGGAAGAUGAACCUGGAGAAAUUGCGGCGCAGUCGAAGCGAGAGCGACAGCAGCCAUGACGACGGAGUCACCUUAGAAUCAGUGACAGAUCUUCAAAACAGAAAAGAGCGUGAACUUUCGAGGGCUUCGUCUCAGAUGCAGUGCACUGCAGAGGUUAUCGUCGUGAAACAGUUUGAAAGUGGCGUGUUUGAAGCCCUGCUGGAGUUUCUUCACGUGGGAUCAUGUAACCUAAGAUCCAGUGUCUUGCCAGGCUUGUUUGCAGCUGCGCAGUAUUAUCAGGUGGAGGAAUUACGUCAAGUCUGCGUCGAGAGCAUGAAGCAAAAAGGGAUAUCACCAAGAUGCAGUGACCAUUUACUAAGGGACGUAGCGUCGAACAACCUAACUGGUCCUACUCUGGGGAGAAACGUAAAGACGGAAUGUGUCACUGAUACACACUGCUAGAAAUCUUCCCGAAAAACAGAGCAUGAAAAAAAAAAAAAAGCCGAAGGGAGUGGCGAAGUUUUAGAUUCCAACAGUUGAAUAGCUGCAUUACACUUAGUCUUGCACUGCUCUUCGGUCGACUUUUAUCAGUCUCUAAUAGCGUGA